UAUUUAUAUCAGACAUUAAACAGUCAGGAUGUGUCAAACAAUAGAGCAGAAGGGAACACUGAGCAGAGAUGUCUUCUGUAAACCCUCCUCCUCCUCCAAGGGAGGUACCAGAGAUAAUAGUAGGAGAGCAGCUUGUUCUGCCAGGACUGACACAGCCUGCACUUCAUCCCCUACAUACACAUCACACAAGGAACCCUGAGACCAUCACACAACCCUACAACACAACACACAAACGACUUACACCCUACAACACAACACAACACACAAACGACUUACACACUACAACACAACACACAAACGACUUACACACUACAACACAACACAACACACAAACGACUUACACACUACAACAACACACAAACGACUUACACAACACACAAACGACUUACACACUACAACACAACACACAAACGACUUACACACUACAACACAACACACAAACGACUUACACAACACACAAACGACUUACACACUACAACACAACACACAAACGACUUACACUCUACAACACAACACACAAACGACUUACACACUACAACACAACACACGAACGACUUACACUCUACAACACAACACACGAACGACUUACACACUGACUACAACUUCUUCUAAAGUUUCUAGAAGUUUUUCAAAAGUUUCUCAGAAAAAGUCUAAACUUUCCCACAUAGUCAUCAACCCAUCAGAGGAUGCCCAGGAGCCCCUGAGCCAAGCAUGGAGCCCCUGGGAGAGCAGUGUAGCCCCCUGAGACCAGCUCGCAGGACCCAGUGGCUAGUAAGUGCCCUCGCCCAUCACUACGGGCUGGACCAAGGGCUGGACAAUGAGAUCAUCGUCUUGGCCACCGGCUUGGACCAGUACCUUCAGGAGGUCUUCCAUCACCUGGACUGGCAGGCGCAGGGCACUAUCUCCAGGGAAGAGUUCCGGACUCUGUGCAGGGUCCUGGGGCUGGAGCCCGGUAUAGAGGAGUGUGAGGAGCUGCUGGAGGAUCUCCCGGAGAGGGUCAGCUUUAGGCAGUUCCAUGCCAGGCUGUGCGGGUACUUCAGCUCCAGAGCGGGCAGUGCCAGGCUGCCAGCGGGGCGGGAGAACGAGCAGAUCCAGGACGAGGUCCGCCUGAGGAGCCCGCGGGUGUCAAGGAGGGAAAACCCCAGAAGUCGUGCAAGAUCCGCGGGUGAAAACGAGCUCCUGAGGCUGCAGGAUGAGAACCAGCAUCUGAGACAAGUGCUGGAGGACCUGAAGGGGGCGCUCCAGAGCAGUGAUGCCCGCUGCCUGGCAUUGCAAGUUGGCCUGUAUAGAAGUCGUGCAUCACAACCAACUGAGCUGACUGCUACCACUGCUAACAGAAGGGUUUUAUCGGAGAGUUACACAGUGACAACCAGAUGUGUCCAGAGAGAGAUCAAUGUGAUACAGAGCACCGAAGAUGGACAAAUAGAGGAAGUGAUCAAAGUGAAAAAAGACUUUGAAGAGAAGUUAAGCAAGACCCAGAAAGUUCUGGUUUACUUGGAGGAAUCAAACCAGCAGCUGUUGAAAGAACAGGCAGAGAUGAGAAGGAAGGUGGAAGACGCCCGUCAAGCAGUCCUGGCAUCUUAUAGUAAAGUGAAGGACUUGGAAGAGAAAUCACGUAACGUUCCUGUUCUCCAGAUGCAUAUAGACCAGCUUGAGACUCAACUACAGUAUUAUAGGUCAGAAGAAAGUAUGAUGAACCUGACAAAACUGGAGCAACAUGUCACGAAUUCAAAGCCAUACCUAUCACUUGUCAGAACAGAACACAGAUCGCCUGCUGAGGAUACCCAUGCUGAUCACAAUGCAGAAGAUCAGAUAUUUCGCUCUGUGGAAGGCCAAGCAGCAUCUGAUGAAGAGGAGGACAAGUGGGCAGGGAACCCGUCAGAUGCAGUGCAAGGGAUUUUAUCCAGCAUCUCAUGCUGUGCAAGCGGGUGCGAUGACAGGAGGAUAUGGAAGCUCUUGACUGAUAUUGUUGGAAGCGAUAUUAUUGAUCCCAGGGAUGUCCCUUCCUUAUUGGUGGAAAGGAUCUCCAAACUGACUGAAGAGCUGACAGCUAAAGAGCAGGAAAUGAGGGAUCUAGAAAUGCUGAUGGAAGAGAUCAAGGGACCAUUCAUUGAUGAACUGGAAAGGAAAAUGGAGGAGAUUGAGUUACUUAGAAUAGACCUUCAGAUGCUGGAGACAGAGAGGGUCCGCCUAUCCUUAGUGGAGGAAAAACUUCUUGAUGUUUUACAGCUUCUUCAUCAACUGAGGAAUCUGGCAAUACCCCAUCAGGAACUGGGAAGAGUUCUACUUAAUACCCUGGAGAGAUGUAGAGAGCCGCAGCAUGGGAAGGAACAUAUCUUUGACGUCUUGGACACAUUAUACCAUGAAUUAUCCGUCUGUGAAUUACUUCACCACCAUAAUGAAGAAGACAGCGGGCAGUCCUUGGCUGGCUCCCUAGUUAUAUCUUGUUGAGCAACAGCGCCAUCUAUGGGUGGUCCAGAGCAAUGCAUCUUAGAUGAAUGUGUGAUUCGCUAGACAUACUUUGUACAUUUUAUCAAGCCAAUUGGGUGACAAGGAGAAGCGACACUAAUCCAUCUCCUGCAAGCUGCCUUUCAGUAUCUGAAUCCCGCAGUGCUGGAGCAAAGCACUCUGGGAAGAGCCAAACAAAUCAGCAUGAAACCUUUUCAUUGGUAGACGCAGAUAAAAACAUUUAUACCUGCAGAGGCUCCAAGUGCCUGAAAAGAGUCCAUCAGUCAGCGCCGCCAGUGGAUGUCAUAAGGAGGACGAGUGACAGUAAAUUAGAAUAUAUUCCAAAAUUAAAAUGAAAAUAAAGCUAUAAAAAUGACAGAUUUGCCCAGACUAGGAGCGUCUAGCGGACAGCAAAGCUAAUAAACUUACGGUUCACAAAUCUACACAUCCAGGGCUAACGCCGAAUGAUGUAUGAUGUCUGAUGAAAAGAUCAAUAAAUCUUACAAAUCGCUCUGUAAGGAACUAAGCUGAUGGAGCAAUGAAAUGAUAAGAUUCUAGAUCACUAUAGGCUACACAGCGCAUUUGUUACUCCUCUGUGAACGAUUCCGUGAUAUACGUACUAAUGCAUAGAAGAUUAUUGUGUGAAAUGGUAAAUUAGUUAAAAGAUGGGGGGGGGGGGGGGGGGAAACAAUAUGGGCCUGUCACUCUGGAGGACCUGACACAUACAUAUUUUACUUGUUUUUGUGUGAUACUUGUUUUUCUCCUGAGGUGGCGCUGCAGGAGAAUUGAAUACAGUGAUCCCUCAACCUACAAUGGCCUCAACAUACAAUAGUUUCAACAUACAAUGGUCCAGAAAAGACCAUUGUAAGUUGAAACCAGACUCAACAUACAAUGCUACAGAUAGUCUAGAUCUGUGAAACUUGUCAAUGAUGGAAGAACUGACCAAUCACAAUGGGCAUUCACUGGUAAAACCCCUGUAUUACUGAAGUGUAUGCACUGACUGGUGUCUGGUAGCGCCCCCUACUGUCCAGGGAGGUAUUACACGAUCUGUACAUUUUACCUGUACCAGGGUUACCUGCUCCUUUGGACACCAUAUUACUUUUUUUUAGGACAUUGCAUGUACUGUACAGAAGCUCCUGUCCUCUACAUAGACCAGUGUUUCCCAAGCAGGGU